UUAUCUAGACAGACCUUGGCUGGUUCAGUAGCGUGACUGACCGACGACUGGUGAACAUGACGGUACUUCUCCUGGCUCUCGUCUCCUGUGUGGUGGUAAACGCCCAGCUUCCCCAAUUCAGUAAUGGACAGGUGAAGGGGUACAUAUCUACACCAAUCAUCGAUGAGGCUUCUGGUCUAGCUGCCAGUCAUCUCCACGAGGGGAUUCUGUACACUCACAAUGACCAUGGCGACGCACCACGUAUCUAUGCCAUCAACGCCACUGAUGCCACACUUGUGGCCAUGCUCACCAUCGGCUCUGGCGCCACGAACCACGACUGGGAAGAUGUGGCCGUCGGACCAUGCACACCAGGAGCAAGCACUUUCUGUAUCUACAUUGCUGACACAGGGUACUCCUCGGCCAAUGAUGACGAAGCCAACAUCAUCUACCGAGUCCAGGAACCAGACAGCUUAACUGACCAAACACUGACUGUGGACAGCACACUCAGAUUUAGUUGGACAGAAGAGGAGUCCCAGGCAGUGAUGGUUGAUCCUAACGCUAAUGUCUACAUCAUUUCCAAUGUGCGGAGUGGCCGUGGUAAAUUUGUGAAGUUGCCCCCAGUUUGGGGCCAGGCUGUCCCUACCAAUGUGGACAGCACAACCAUUUUACCUAUUCUCACCUCUCACCAUGAUCCAACGGCAGCAGACAUCUCUCCUGAUGGCAAGGGACUCCUCAUCAAGGCUAAAAGCCACAUUUAUUACUGGACUGUCACAGAUGGCGACUAUCUGACAGCGGUCACCAAGCCUUUCCAGGAACUUCCAUACAUUCACGAAUCACUCGGUGAGGCCAUCUGUUGGGACUACAAAAGUGAAUCCUACUUCACACUUGCAGAGGGUCACUACAAACCUCUGUACGAAUAUGAGCCAGUCACAUUGGACGAAGUCUCCAGGGUCAACUAAAUCUGUACAAAUCACAUUAAAAAUAAUUCUUAUUUGAAUCGA